AUGGGCUCGCCCACCCACAACGAGUCUAUCAUGAAUGUGGCCUCGGCGGCAGCCACCCCAAUGACGCGUCCCAAAGCCACACCUGAGAAUCGGGAUGACACUCUUAUGCUGCAGCUGGCGCCUCCGCGCACGACCGCUCAGCAUACUCCACAAACUGCACCAUCUACUUCCACGGGCUCGCACUCGACUGUCAAGGCUCCCAUGCGUUGGGCACACGGUGUCAGAUUUAACGGUCCUCUCGAUGAGGAGGAUAAACACUUCAUUCGUCAGCUGGAGAAGAUAGAAGCUAGCAAGGCCAACCGCGUAGCGUUUGCUAGGGCGCGGUCCACGAUGGAGCGUGGAGCUGCUUUGGGUACGCUCAACGCCGAACAAGCCGCAGGAUGGAAAUCGGCGGCAGCACGGCAGCGACAGUUCCAGGAAGAGACCACCAGGCGUGCUCGUCGAGAGAAAGAACGACUCACGAAGGUGUUUUCGACGUACAACUACAAAUGGAUGCAGCUUGAAAGUCUUGCUCCGUGCAAGCCCUUCUCAUUCGAAUUCGUGAAUUUCCCUUGGCCCGUGCUUGAACCGGUGGUGACACGCGAGGAUAUCACCGAGGAGCGAGUACGAGAAUUCAUCUUGCAUCCCUUAUGGAUGCCUGGCCAAUCCAAUGCUGCGAAGCUCGAACUUGCCCUGGAGAAAUGGACUAAAAAGAUCCCGCGUAUUGCAUUCGAACCGGAAGAAACAUAUUCAAUCAUAGAAUCGCAAGACGAUGUUGUGCACAUACUGUCGCACAUGACAUUGUGA